GUUUCCCAAUAGGUGCGGCGGGCCUGGGCUGCGCUAGAGACGUAACCGUGUCUGAACCGGCGUGCGGCCGAACGGCACUACCGGGGCCGAUGGUCCUGGCUGUGCGAACAACGAGCGGGAGCGUCACGUCGGCUCCGCGCAGCGCUGGACUGGUACGCGGCUAACGGCGGCGCGCCCCCAGGGAAAGCGCUGGGGCUGUCUCGGUGCUGCUGGGUUCCGGGGAGAAGCAUCUUCGAGAACCGUGUGCUGGCCUAGCCCCUAGGGCUGUGUUGGGGGAGCCUGCCUGGCGUUAGUAGACUGGUCGCUUGGCCACGAGAGAGCUUUAACUGUGUUGUUUAACGUUGGUCAGGAUGGGUUUAGGUCUAAACCACAUGGUGGCUGACACCCCAAGGGCUGCUGCUAACUUCUGCACCGGUGCUCCUGCCAUAUUACCUCUAGUGGAGCUGCACUGAUCAUAGCGGGGGUAGGAAGCUUCAAGUUCACAUGUGCUUUAACAUGAUUGCCCUUGUAGUGUAGAUAAACUAAACUAAGUACUAAGGUUAAUAUGCUUGUAUCAGUGCUUAUAAUGCAAACAGGGUCACAGAUGUUGCCCACUUUGACUCUUUAUUUAUUUCCCUGAUGUUAGUAUUUCAUAUGGCACUCUGGCUGUUAUCUUUCUGUGAUUAAUAAUGCUACUGGAUCUCAAUCUCAUGUCCUGUAUGCUCUGGGAGUAAAUGUAUUAGCCUGAGCCAUUUUAGAAAGCUAUUAAUGCUAACACACUAACAAGGGUGUAUGCUGACUCAGUUUUACAGAGUAAAAUUAGGCCUCUGUCUAACCACUGGCUGGUUAGUAAUAGUGUUCCAAUAUGGUUGGGCUAAUCUACUCUUGGGAGGGAAACUGUUAGCUGAAUCCCUGUCAUGCCAACAGCUUCAUUAGUAGUGUGGAUGGGACCUAAGUGCAUUGGCUGUAACCAGUCACAUUAGCUAUAGUAUACAAUAUAGCCUGAGAGACGUGAGCCUGCUAGGCAGGAAUGAGUGGACAACAAAGAAUAUCUAACAUCUUGGAUAAUAAAAAGGAUGGAUCCACUGAAUGCAUCCGAUGAAGUGAGCUGUAGCUCACGAAAACUUAUGCUCAAAUAAAUCUGUUAGUCUCUAAGGUGCCACAAGUACUCCUUUUCUUUUUGCGAAUACAGACUAACACAGCUGCUACUCCGAAACCUAUCAUCUUGGAUAAUGUAAAUCUGGGUUUGUCUAAACCAGAAAGCUUUACUACUUGAAGUAUAUCAGUAUAUCUUAAAGCAGUAGCCCCUGGGUCCCUUUUAGCGUGGACUCGGGUAUUCUGGUAUAAAAGUGAAUAUACUGGUUUGGGAACUGAAAUAAACUGUAUGGUACAAGGCACUCUUAUCCUGGUAAAAUGUAACUGUAGACCAGCCCAUACUAACUCCAGCCAGCUACCAUAUAGCUUUAUGCUGUAAUGGCUGACCAUAGGAUUUUCUCCUCUGAUCUGCCUUAACCAUUUAUUGACAUGACAAGAUUGUGUUUGCUAUCAGAAUUGUUUUAGUACAAAACCAUUGGCAGCUUGCCCAGAUAAAAGACCCUAUCCUGGUUUCUAAUCAGAAUCUGUCCAAAAGUGCACAUCAAGUCUGCAUAUUAAAUUCUGUAUGAGGCCUUAAUGUGAACUUGUUGCUCAUGCACCAUUUUCAAAUGUGAACUGAAAAAGUAGUCAAGGAACAUCAAUUCAUUUUUGAUAGUGGAAAAGCACCUAUCCUAAUACAACAAGGUUGUCUACAGACUCAAGAUUUUAAAAGUGCAGUUGAAUGAAAGAAUAUGGAGUAGACUAAAUGGAAGGAUUAAUAAAGACUUGUUAGCUUAAGUCAGCAUAGCUACAUUGGUCAUGGCAUAGUUAUGCCGACCUAACCCGCAGUGUAGACACUGCCAUAUUGAUAGAAGAAUGCUUCAGUCGAUGUAUCAACCAUCAUUCAGGGAGGUGAUGUUUCUACAGUGAAGGAUAAAAUCCCUUCCUUUGGUGUAGAUGCAUCUGUGCUGAAGGUAUAUGCUGGCAUAACUAUGCCUGUUUAGUUUCCAGAGAUUCCUAAUGGAAUUGCAAAUUUUGAGAUCAGCGUGUUUCAACUAACAUAGUGGAGUAUUAUGUUAGUUACUCCUGUGAAAGGAGUAGCAUGCAGCCAGUGCAUUCUGUGGCCAGGGAAAUUGUAGCCGAGGAGCUAGAGACAGCGGAGGAAGAGAACUGGGCUGCGGUACACAGAGGAAUUUUUUUUUUUUUUUAAAAACUAUAAAAAUGAAAUAACUCUCAAGGAGUAAGAUUGCUCAGUGCUACCUCAGCCACUCUUCACAUUCUGAAAAGGCAUAACUUAACUCCUUCUUCUUCUUGUGCCAUCUCCACAAUGUAACCUUAACUCUGUCCUCUUUGUGUAUUGUCUUAACACACCCAUGCACCCAUUAGUAUGCUACCUUUACAGAUUCUCAGAGACUUUAAGGCCAGAAAGGACCAUCAUGAUCAUCUAGGCUUACCUCAUGUGCGUUGCAGGCUACAGAACAUCACCCAUCGACUCCUAUAGUAAGGCCAUAACUUCUGAGUUACUGAAGUCCUUAAAUCUUGGUUACACAGAAACCAUCAUUUACUCUAGUUCAAAUCAGCAAGUGACCUGUUCCCCAAAUUGCAGAAGAAGGCACCUUCCCCAGGCCUCUGGAAAUCUGACCUGUGGAAAAAUUCCUUCUGGAUGCCAAAUACAGUGACUAGUUAGACCAUAAGCAGGUGGCUGAGACCAACCAGUUGGAUACCUGGGAAAGAAUUUUUUGUAGUAACUUGGAACCCGCCCUAUCUAGUAUCCCAUCUCCAGCUUGUGGAGAUAUUUGCUAAUAACAGUUACAGAGAAGUCAUACGCUAUUGUAGCUAAUCUCAUCAUAUCCCCUCCAAUAAAGCUCAGUCUUAAAAUGAGUUAGGUUUUUUGCCCCGCUACUCCCCUUGGAAUUUCACUCCUCUGAUGGUUAGAAACCUUCAUCUAAUUUCAAGCCUAAACUUGUUGAUAGCCAGUUUCUAUCCAUUUGUUCUUGGGCCAGCAUUGGCCCUUACUUAAAUAACUCCUCUCCCUCCCUGGUAUUUAUCUCUCUGAUUUAUUUAUGGAGAGCAAUCAGAUCUUCCCUCCUCCUUUGUUUUGUUAAGCUAAACAAGCUGAGCUCCUUAAGUCUCCUCUCAUAAGGUAGGUUCUCCAUUCAUCUGAUCAGCCUAGUAGCCCUUCUCUUCACCUGUUCAACUGUUUCAGUUUGAAUUCACAUUUCUUAAACAUGGGAGAACAGAAUUGCACACAGUAUUCCAUAUAGUCUCACCGGAGCCUUUUAUAAUGGAAAUAACUCUUCCUAUCUCGAUUGGAUACAUUUUGCCUGGGGCAUCCUAGGAUUGCAUUAGCCUUUCUCACAGCAUAUUUGGUGGCUCAUAGUACUGUAAUGAUCAACAUAUCAAGGUUUUCUUCUCUUCUGUUGCUUUCAACCAUUACAUUCCCAGCUUACAGCAAAAAUGUUUUUUUUGUCAAAGUGCAUGACUUUGCACUAUUAAAUUUCAUCCCAUUUCUAUAAGUCCAGUUUCAAGGUCAUCCAAAACUAGGCUAUUCUGGUUCUCUAUAUUGGCAGCGAAUCUCAACUUUCUACCAUUGCUAAAUUUUAUUACACUCCCACUUUUUGUGCCAAGGUUAUUAAUGAAAAUGUUCAAUAAGAUUGGUCCCAAGACUGAUCCUUGAGGAACUCCACUAGUAAUCUCCCUCCAGCCUGACAAUUCACCUAUCAGCAUGACCCAUUGUAGUCUCCCCUUUAAUAAGUUCUUUAUCCACCUUUCAAUUCUCAUAUUAAUCCCAGUCCAAUUUAACUCAUUUUCCAUGUGGAACUGUAUUACAUUCUUUACAGAUGUCCAGGAAGACUGGCUCUACUGCAUUUUUUUUGUAUAGAAAAUCUGUUAUCCUCUUGAGAUCAGGUUGGUCUGGCGUAUCUACCUUUUGUAAAACUGUACUGUAUUUUAUCCCAAUUACUGUUUACUUCAGUCCUUAACUACUCUCUCUUUUAAAAAUUGUUCUAAGACCUUGCAUACAAUUGAGGUCAAACUAAAGGGCCUAUAGUUUCCCAGAUCAUUUGCCCCCUUCUCACCUUCUUAAAUAUAGGUACUGUAUUUUGCAAGUCUCCAGUCAUAAGGUUUGAUUUCCAAGUUUAUGGAUUCAUUAAAAAUCCUUGCUAUGGGCUUGCAAUUUCAUGUGCCCGUUCACUUGGAUGGAGAUUAUCUGGGGCCCCUGAUUUGGUCCCAUUAAACUGUGAGUUUGGCUUCCACCUUGGAUGUGGUAAUUUUUACUUCCAUAUCCUUGUUCCCAUUCAGCAUCUCGCCGCUGCCCCAGAUCUCAUUACCCUUCUUAAAAAUGGAAGAAAAGUAUUUGUUUAGGUGCAGUGUUUAGUUGCAUUCUCACUGCAUUACAAGCUUCAGUGCCAGCAACAUAACUCAUAACCCUGACAAGAAGCCAGCCCAGCUGGAGCUUAAAGCACCACUUAACUUGAGCUAAAAGUUUGUAUGGAUCCAAGUUGGGUUAUAGAGACAACACUUGAGUUAUACGUUGAGCAAACAGUGCAAUAAAGGGGAGAACAAACCUCUUUCUAUAGGGAGCACCAGAAGAGGCUGGGUUUCUACUGUAUGGUGCUCUGAUACUUCUGCUUCCCUCUUCAGAGUAGUCAAUGACCAGCUUCUUUCAAACUGGAAGAGGAGGCAGGGUUAGGAAUUGUAAAUAACUUCAUCAUACUCCUUAAAAGGUAGUCUAACCCAGCGUUUCUCAAAUGCAGCCACAUGUGACCAUCAAGGGUUUUUCUUGAGACCACAACCUCCUGGGUGAGACUGGAUUUUAUUAAAAUUUGUGUCAACAUGAUGGCAUCAGGCUUCCUCUGAGAUGCAGUUUUCUAAGCACUAGAUGGCUAAAUGCCUAAAUCACUGUUGUAUGUGGUAUAGUUGUAGCUGUAUCUGUCCCAGGAUAUUAAGAGAGACAAGGUGGGUGAGAUUAUAUUUUACUGGACUAACUUCUUUGAGUGAGAGACGCAAGCUUUUGAGCCACACGCAACUAUUCUUCAAACCUGAAGGUAUUACCUUAUCUGCCUUGUUUCUCUAAACCACUGUUGGAAAGAAGUGAAAUUGCUUUGCCUCUUUUUUUUUUUUUUCCAGUGGAUAAUGCUGCAUGUUGAUUUGAUAUUUAAGUCUCAUACACAUUUUAUUUAUCUUGCAUUCUGACUAACUCCUAACUUAGGUUCUGAGUUCAUGUUCUAAGUUGAUUGAAAGUUUUAAAUGUAUAAAGAAUGUCAAUUUUAUUUUAUAUGAUCUGGCUAUUGCCCAAAAUUAGGGAUUUCAUUUAAUGAGUUUCUAGACUUGCAAAGUUUAUGGUGAAGCAACAAUACUAAGUAAUAUCAAACUCUGGUUUGUGAAUUACAGGUAGCCAAAAUGGCUGAAAAUGGAGAGGGUGAAAGUAUGUCUAACCUGGAAAACAAAAUCUGUCAGCAAAUUGAGUACUAUUUUGGUGAUCACAAUCUACCAAGAGACAAGUUCCUAAAGGAGCAGGUCAAACUGGAUGAUGGCUGGGUGCCUUUAGAAAUAAUGAUCAAAUUCAACAGGUUAAGCAGUCUCUCAAAAGACUUCAAUGUUAUUGUAGAAGCACUGAGAAAAUCUAAAGCUGGACUUAUGGAAAUAAGUGAAGACAAAACUAAAAUCAGAAGAUCUCCAAGCAAACCCCUCCCUGAAGUGAAUGACCAGUAUAAAAAUGCAAUUAAAAACAGAUCUGUAUAUAUUAAAGGCUUUCCAACAGAUGCAACACUUGAUGAUAUCAAAGAAUGGCUAGAAGGUAAAGGCUCCGUAGAAAACAUUCAAAUGAGGAGAACAUUGAGUAAAACAUUCAAGGGAUCAAUUUUUGCAGUAUUUGAUAGUGUUGAAUCUGCUAAGAAGUUCACAGAAAUUCCAAACCAAAAGUACAAAGACACGGAACUGAUUGUGCUUUUCAAGGAGGAGUACUUUACAAAGAAGAAUGAAGAGAGGAAACAAAACAAAGUAGAGGCUAAAGCAAAGGCAAAACAGGAGAAAGAAGAAAAACAGAAGCAAGCAGAAGAUGCUGAAAUGAAAUCACUGGAUGAAAAGACAGGAUGCUUGCUGAAAUUCUCUGGCGACCUAGAAGAUCAGACUUGCAGAGAAGAUCUUCAUGCAGUUUUCUCUGACCAUGGAGAAAUUAAAUGGAUAGACUUUGUCAGAGGGGCAAAGGAGGGGAUUAUCCUAUUUAAGGAUAAUGCAAAAGAAGCUCUGGAUAAAGCCAAAGAAGCAAAUAAUGGGAACUUACAGUUGCGCAACAAAGAUGUCAUAUGGGAGGUGCUGGAAGGAGAUGCAGAGAAAGAAGCAUUGAAAAAAAUCAUGGAGGGUCAACAAGAAUCAUUAAACAAAUGGAAAGCAAAAGGUCGCAAAUUUAAAGGUAAAGGAAGAGGUGGCAAAGUACCCCAGGGCUCACAGAACAAAGGGAAAGUACAGUUCCAGGGCAAGAAAACAAAAUUUGAGAGUGAGGAUGAAGGUGAAAACACUAAAACAGGGCCAGCAAGUCCCAAGAAAAGACCACUAGAAGAGGCUGAAAAAGAAGAACCUGUAUCAAAACAGCUGAAAACAGAAAAUGGAGCUGGAGAUCAGUAAUACUGUUUUAAAAAGCACUGAGUUUUUAUUAAUCCAUUUUAAAUAGGUUUUAAGACAGUCCUCAGUUUGGAAAUUUUUCAAAGGAAAACCUUAUUAAAUCCACUUCAAUAUCCACCUGUAAUGAGAGGAAAGCUUUUUUUAUUUUGUGAUUUCCCCCCCCCCCCCAGAUGCAUGCUUACUUAACAUGCCAACUUGAAUAUUUUUUUAUAUUUAUAGUUUUGCUUAUACUGUCCAAUCCUCUCAGUAUUUCUCGCAUUUGAGUCAAAUGUAUAAAGGGAUGGUUUAUCCCUGAAUCUGACUGUAAUUUUGAAGUUGUAUGAAAAACACCAAUAAAAUUCCAUAUUUAAAAAUCAUGGACUGUUGAA